AUGCACGACAUGCUGUCUCUCCGCUACAAGCUCAAGCAUGAUUGUCUCUUCUGCGCUACAGCAGCAGCAGCAGCAGCAGCAAACGCCCUUCCAUGCUGCUUGAGCGAGAUCAAAUGGCACCUUGACGCUCGGUACCUUGCUCAACAUAUUAGGGGCCCAGUAGUUGCAAAGCUCAUCCUUCGUCCUCCAAAGCUAUCGGUGACACGUUAUCGACGCCCAUCUUGA